AUGCAGGGGGAAACUGCGGCGGUACGAAUCCCAGAGAGCGAGGCCAGGCUGGAUGCGUUCCCCCAGAACAGGACCCCAAACUCGGGGAGAGCAAGUGCUAAAAACUGGCAGUACAGCGACCACAUGGAGAACAUUGAUGGCUACUUGAUGAAAUACACCAAUCUAGUAACAGGGUGGCAAUAUAGGUUCUUUGUAUUAAACAAUGAGGCGGGCCUCCUCGAGUACUUUGUCAACGAGCAGUCGAGGCUUCAGAAGCCCCGUGGCAUGCUCCCCCUGGCUGGAGCUGUCAUCUCACCCAGUGAUGAGGACUCCCAUACCUUCACUGUUAACGCCAUUAGUGGGGAACAGUACAAGCUCAGAGCUACCGAUGCCAAAGAGAGGCAGCACUGGGUGAGCAGACUGCAGAUCUGCACACAGCACCACACAGAGGCCUUGGGAAAGUGUAAUCCUCCACCCAAGUCCCGGAGCUACUCAAUGGGAUCUCAAGGCAGUGGCACCUCACCCAUGUCGGUUCGCCGGCCCAGCCAGAACCCAGCCUCCUUAUUCAGCUGGUCCCAGCUACAAAAGAACAAGCGGUCACUGGUGCCAGACCACCUGCUGGACGCCAGAGAGAUGAUGAACCAGGCACAUGGACAGCACAAAGAACUGAUUCAGAGCAUUGAGGGCCUGCCUGCCACUCUGGGCCUUUCUCCCUUAGACCAGGAUCUUCUGAUGCUGAAGGCCACUUCCAUGGCCACCAUGAACUGCCUCAAUGAUUGUCUGCACAUCCUGCACCUGCAGCAGGUGGCCAGACAGAGGGGCUCCUUAGGAGGUCCCACCUUUGAGUGGCUGGAACCCAAGCUGCCUGAUAUCCUGAAGAAUGGCAGCAGCUCGUUGGGCAGCUUCACCACAGGGGAGGGACCGCUGGAGGGCAGCCGCCUGGAGCUCAGCACCUCCGAGUCCUGCAAUUUCUCCGGGGAACAAGAAGAUGUGGAUGCAGAGGAUGAGCUGGAGGACUCCUUCACAGACAAGGAGGAGGACCUUGGAGCAGUCGAGGAGGAGCGAAGCAUCAUUCUUCACCUGCUGUCCCAACUCAAGCUGGGCAUGGACCUCACACGGGUUGUGCUUCCCACCUUCAUUCUGGAGAAGCGUUCGCUGCUGGAGAUGUACGCAGACUUUAUGUCACAUCCAAAUCUCUUUGUGGCUAUUACUGAUGGCAGCAGCCCAGAGGACCGCAUGGUCCGUUUUGUGGAGUACUACCUCACCUCUUUCCACGAGGGCCGUAAGGGGGCCAUCGCCAAGAAGCCCUACAACCCCAUCAUUGGUGAGACCUUCCACUGCUCCUGGAGGGUACCCAAGACUCCAGAGGCCUCCAAGGAGUCCACACAGGGAAGUCCUGAACCACCUAAGCUCCAAGACUCCUACCAAGUGCGCUUUGUGGCAGAGCAGGUGUCGCACCACCCCCCUGUGUCAGGCUUCUACGCUGAAUGCCAGGAGAGGAGGAUGUGUGUGAACACACACGUGUGGACCAAGAGCAAAUUCAUGGGGAUGUCCAUUGGAGUGUCCAUGAUAGGGGAAGGUUGUCUACAUUUGUUGGAGCAUGAUGAAGAAUACACCUUCACGCUGCCUUGUGCGUACGCUCGCUCCAUCCUCACGGUGCCUUGGGUGGAACUGGGUGGCAAAGUCAACAUCAGCUGCGCCAAAACGGAUUACACGGCAGUCAUCACUUUCCAGACGAAGCCGUUUUAUGGUGGAAAACUCCACAAAGUAACGGCAGAGGUGAAGCACAACCCCUCCAACACAGUGGUUUGUCGUGUUCAGGGCGAGUGGAACGGAACGCUGGAGUUCAGCCACACCAACGGUGAGACGAAGGUGGUCGACGUCACCCGGCUACCCGUAACAAGAAAGCGUGUGCGACCGAUUGACAAGCAAGGACCAACCGAGUCCAGGCGCCUGUGGCAGCAUGUGACUGAGGCCUUACGGCAAAAAGAUAUUGACAAAGCCACGGAGCAUAAGCGCAUCCUUGAGGAGAGGCAGAGGACAGAGGAGAGGCAUCGUGCAGAGACGGAAACACCGUGGAGGACCAGAUACUUUGACAGAGAGGGUGACGGCUGGAUGUAUCACAAACCACUGUGGAAAAAAUCUACUUUCAAAUCCUAGUGCCCCCGGUCCCCUCCAGCCAGUGCCCUGGAUGUUGUUAUAGAUUGAAGGUUGUGUGAGUUUGGAUGUGCACACACAUGGUUGAUGGUUUACGUCCGCAUGAACUGCACUGACUUAUUGACGAGAACGAGAGAGACACGGUAUGACUGAGCGUGGUCUCGGAUUUCCCUCACCAUAUACACCAAGCCUCUAAGUACAAGCUUUUGUACUGCAGUUUUUUUUUUGGUUUUUUAAUAACUGUUAACAGAAGCGCAUAUUGUACAGUUAACGGUACUCAAACACAGCCUUAAGAUAAUCCAAUGAAUGAUCCUUUAAGUUCCACUUCUGCAGAGCAACAUGGAUGCACAUAUUGUUUGUUUGUUUCAUUAAAGGAGGUGGAUAGUUUCUUCCAACAGUAAGACUAAACAUCAAGAAAAAGUUGUUUUCGGCUACAGUUGAAGGAAUCACAUACAGUAAAACAUCUGCUUAUCAAAUCCUACAAAAUUACAAACAUGGCUGAUCGAGUGCCACUCUUAAUUUAACAUUUGAAGUCGGCGUUAAUCAUUUCCCGUGUUCGGUCACAGAAGCCCCUCCCACUAUUUAGUGUUUUACAUGCAGGCAGUAUUAUGACCUUAACAACAAGCUAACAGUCUGAAGGCACGAGUUUGAUUGUUUGAAUCUUCAAAACAGAUUUCAUAUACAGUUGAUACAAUCAAUAAUUUAGCUGUCAGAAGAGCAAUUCUCAACUAUUUUGAUCAUCAAUUAUUUCAAUAAUUUAUCAGAUAAAAAACACUAGAUUUUUAGACUUAUAAUUUAUCAGUGGGGGAAAUACUAUAAUUUGAUUUAAUCCAUCUUAAUUGAGGUUUUCCUUCUUGAGAUAUUAAAAGAAAUGUACGGUGCAUCCGGAAAGUAUUCACAGUGCUUCACUUUUUCCACAUUUUAUGUUACAGCCUUAUUCCAAAAUGGAUCACAUUCAU